AUGUCAAAUGUAGUGAAUUAUUUCUUUAAAAAUUUCGUUUUAAAAGAAAAAAAUAAAAUCCUGAAAUAUGGUAUGUUGAAAAGAAGGUACUCGAAGAUAACAAGUGUUAAUGUGAAUAACUGGAAUGACAUUCACAGGGAGAUAAUCCAUAAAAUCCGUGAUAGCGAUUUCGUUUCAAUUGACGUGGAGUACACAGGGCUUCAUCUGAAGGAUGAAAGGUACAUAUCUAUUGAUUCCAGUUAUGAAGCCCAUUGUUAUGGAGCCAAAUCAUUUUUCCCUUGCCAAAUUGGAAUUACCGUGGCUAGGAGAAAUGACACACAAGGGAAGGAGAAACAGGUAGCAGGCGGAAGAGGAGAGAAAGAAAAGGAGGAGCUUAGGAAGAUGAAUUUACAUAAUAUUAAAGUUUCAAGACAAGAGAAUGAAAAAGUAGACCAUAAGUAUAGCUUAAAAUGUAACCAAGAGUGGGACAUAUCACCCUACUGCAUCUAUGUUUUUCCAAAGGAAAAUAAAUACUUCAGCGUAUCUACAACUACUCUUAUUUUUUUAAAGGAAAAUAAUUUCGACUUUAACGAAUGGAUUUGUAAUGGUGUUGGUUACUUAACGCCACCUGAGGAGGAAGAAAAAAAAAAAUAUAUCUUUGAAAAGAUGGACGAGCUAAGAAAUUUGAUGAAUAAAUGUAACACGAAAACAGAGGAUGCCAAAGAGAAGGGCUUGGGUGACAGGAAAAAAAAAGUCGAUGUAGAGAAAAUUAUUCAAGAAAUAGAAAAUUAUAAAAUUGUUGACGAUGAGGAUAAGGAAGCCGUUAUUGAAAUAAUAAAGAAAAUUGGAAUUUGGCUAACGCGUGGGGAUAUGGUUCAUCCUAUGGGGAGGUUCAAUCAUGGAGAGGGGGAUAAAACAAGCUCGGUGGAGACGGCUGACUCUGCAGAUGGACGAUUAUUACAUCAGUCGGAAAAUGUGGGGGAGCCCCACUCGCACCAUAUCAAUGCAACCUAUCAACGAGGUGACAGCGCAGCGGAGGGUUGCAACAGUGUGUACACGAAUUACACGAAUGGACGUGAAAAGCAUGAGGAAAAAAGUUCCACGUUCAGGGAAAUCAUUCCUGGUUCGUUAGAAUAUGAAAGUAAUGAUCAUGUUAGUUCGACUGUUAUAGAGAGUGAUGAUAUCCCAUUGGACGCAAACCAUGUAGACGCAUUCGUUGGUGGAGAAAAAAAGGGAGGUAAUUUAGGCAAGGUAGGGAAAACGGAACUCCCGCCACGAGCUAACCCAAAAGAUGAUCCCUCGGAUUGUCCUCUAUACAUAGAAAUAGAAAACCCGUAUCUACGAUUACUUGCGCAUACGUUAAUAACGAAAUAUUUCAAUGGCAUUUUCUGCAUAUCUGUUAAGGUGAAUGAUAAAAAGCAUUUAGCCAUCUAUCGAACGGAAAAGGAUUCAUACAAGGAACAAAUUAAAGCAUUAGAAUUGGAGGUAGAAAAAAUCAACCAAACAGUUGGAGUGAGGUUACUAUUUGAUGAAAUUAUAAAAAAUAAAAAAAUAAUCAUCGGACAUAAUUGCUUUUAUGAUAUUCUGCACAUAUACCAGACGUUCUAUCAUGAGUUGCCAAAUUCGAUUAGUGUCUUUAAGAAUAAAUGGACAGAAAUAUUUCCCUACACAUUUGAUACAAAGUACUUGAACGAAACGAAUGAAUAUUUAUAUGCACUGAAUGGCCCUGCAACUUUGAAGGGGUUAUGUGAAUACAUGGCUUCCCUAAUUUCGGCUAGUAACGAUUUCGAUUUUGUUUUUAAUUUUACGAAUGGGCAUUCGGACCUCCCUCAAUGUUUUGUCCCUCUUGUAAAGUUAGAGGAUCAGACAAAUGAUGAUGCAGUGGGUAAUGUUCCUGGCAACGUAGCUAGGUACGCUUCCUUUGAUGGAGAAAAUGAGGUAAAGAAUCACGCAGAUAAUGGACAUAGUAACAAUAGGGGUGAUAACGAAAAGGACAGGAUGUGUCCAAAUGGAACAGAAUUAGUGUCCCCCCAAGGAAGAAAUCAAGAUUUUCAUGUAAAUGCCAAAACGAGUGAUGAACAUAAUGCCGGUUAUGAUAGCCUCCUAACAUGCCUCCUUUUCAUAUUUCAGUGUCACUAUAUUUUGAGAAAAAAUAAUAUGAUGUGGAAAAAUAUUUACUUCACUAAAGCAAAAAGCGCGAACGGAAGUGCGAACGGAAGUGCGAACGGAAGUGCGAACGGAAGCGCAAACGAAAGCGCGAAAUCAUUUUUUGAUAUUUUUUUAACUAUGUGCAAUAAAAUAAAAAUUGUAAAAACGCAACCGAAUGUGGUAUCGCUAACUAGUUCGGAAAACUACGAAAUGGCGAGACAUUUUUACAUGUAUGAUUAUCCAAGCUAUUUUAAAAAAUGGGAAAUCAUGAAGAUCUGGUCCCCCAUUUGGAUUUCCCUAAGUAAGGUAGAUGACCAAUCCUGCUGGAUAAUAGCUAAAAGUGACGACGACGCCAAAAAUAUUAAAAUGAUAUAUAAGAUGUUGCAGAACCCGCAGUUCAAGUUGUGCACCUAUGAGGAGUACAUAAACAAGUUUAAGUCCAAGUAG